GGAGUGUGUGUGAAUUCCUACUGUAGCUGUCUAGCUUUCACCUCAACAACACAACAACCGGCUUGCUGCUUCCCCCUCCAAAAGCUGGUACUUACUCUGCUCUGCAGCAGGGCCAAUUUAGUCCUGGGCUAAGAUACUAUGGAACUCUCUGAUGCUCUGUGUGGCUGUCCGUCCUCUGGUUCUACCCCCCAGGGAAGCAACAGUAUCUGGCCCAGUCAACAGCAACCAGUGGGUCCUGUCUGGCCAACGCAGCCCAGCCAACAGCCCACCCAACCCCAACCCCCAUCCUGCUGGCCUGAGCAGCCCAGCAUCCCCUGCUGGCCUGGUCCUCAAUCAUCCCAACCAGCCCCAGCUCAACCUCAGCCCAUGCCUUGCUUUCCUGGGCACCCGAACACCCCUUGCUGGCCUGGGCAACAGCCAUCCCAACAAGCCCCAGGUCCGGCCCAAAACUGGCCUGGGCAACAGCCAUCACAACCAUCCCCAGCUCCAGCCCAAAACUGGAACUGGCCUGGUCCUCAACCAUCACAACCAUCCCCAGCUCCAGCCCAAAACUGGCCUGGUACUCAACCACAACAUACCCAACCAGCCCCAACCCAUCCCUGCCAGCCAUGCUGGCCUGGACCCCAGCCCCAGCCUCCCCAAUUACAGCCCCAGCCUGCACCCCAGCCUGCACCCCAGCCUUAUCAACCCCCAGCCCCAAUUCAAGCCCAGGCCCAGGGCCCCAGCCAGCCCAGUCCCCAAGGGUGGCCAGUCCCAAGCGUUAACCCAGGGUCUGGAUGGCCAUUCGGCCCUGGUCAGGACCCAGGUGGACAGUCUAGUUGGCCUGAUCAGGACCCAGGUGGCUUCACACCUACAACACAGUGGAAUCCGACACCAACUGGACAGAAUGUGCCCUACAACCUGAACCUACAAAGAGGCCUCUACGACAAGAUGAUGCUCUCCAUCAAGGGCCAGGUCAAACCAAACGCUAAGCAGUUCACGGUGAACUUCCUGCGAGGUAAUGACAUCGCCUUCCACCUCAACUCUCGGUUCAAUGAGGGGGGCAAGCAGGCAGUGGUGAGGAACCACAAGGUGGGAGAGCACUGGGGGAAGGAGGAGAGGUACACACAUGGAGGCUUCCCCUUCAUGGCCGGACGGUCCUUCGAGAUGAAGAUUUUGGUUACGUCCGGCGAGUUUAAGGUGGCUGUGAACGGAACUCAGCUGUUUGAGUUUAAACACCGCAUCAGAGAACUCAACCAGAUCGAUCGCAUCAACAUCCUCCAUGAUGUCAUCAUCACCUCUGUCAACGUAGACACGAUACCAUGACAACCAUACCCAUGACAUCGCUAUAUUAUACAACACUCAGCAUAGGCUACAUGCAUAACAUGGCAUCAAUCUGCAGUUAGUCUUUGCAACUUUUUUCUGAUUAUGAUGGUGAUAAUGGUGAUGAUUAUGAUAGUGACGAGCUGCAAACAUAAUACUGCAUUAAUGCCCACUAACUCUACAAAAAAACUAUCCUUUUGCAAAUGUGUGAAAUUUACAAGGUAUGAAGGACUAAGAAUUAAGCAAUGCCAUUUCAUUUAAAUGUGUAUAAUAUUUUAUAUCUAUUUUCUGUUGAACGUCUAUGUAAAUAAACAUACUUUAUGCUUAUGAUGCCUUUCUGACUCAAGGUAUCAGUAGAUACAGUGCAUUACACUGAUUCACUGAAGGUCUACGUAUGAGGGCAUUCAGUGCCCUACAGGGGUAGUAAAUAACAAAAAUUGUACGAAAUAAAACCAUUAAAUUGAA